AUGUGGGGUAUUUGUAUCUUCUUCAUGCCAGAGGCCCUGCCAGCCGGAGCAUUACAGCAGCUUCUCAUGGCGAGGCGGCUCCAGAAGCGUCUUCGGAGUAUUCGGGGCUGGGAUUCUUGGGCUCUCGAGCAGUCAUUCCUAAUCGUCAAGAACGGGGUCAAGGACAAAACAACUGGAAACCUUCUCACAGCCGAUAGACUGGUGGAGCUGGCAGAGGCAGGCCAGCCAAAAUAUCGCGCUGGCAUCCACAUCGACAUGCUCCCGCAAAAGGACGACAUUGGCAAGAGAAGCAAGAAGAGCUGGUUCGAGAAGUUCAUUGCCGGCGGGCAGGCCCUGUGGUUCAGCGCAAACAUCACAUCUCGAUUGUUAGGAGGGUACCGGGUGACGCUGCUGGAGGACGUGACGAUGGCGUACGCGUGCUGCGGGCUCAUCGCCAUGGCGGCCUGGUUCCGCUGCCCACAGGACAUCGAGGACGAGUUCGAAGUCGACUUGAGGGGGUUCGAGGGGGUGACAAGAGAUAGAGAAAGCAGUCCCUGUAACCUGCAAGUGCUGUCGGGCGCGAGGGUUGGUGGCUGA